ACACUAAUAUUUUGGCGUCUAGUUCUUUCGAAAACUGCUUACAACAUGCCUUUGAAGUCAAAAAUUUUUUCUACGGGAUGGGUUUGCCGACGCCAUGCCAAACCCUACUCUUUUACUCGGGCUUGGGAUCGGCAGUAUCUCUAGAAGAGCUACAGGCGGAGUUAUAAUAUAAAUAUUCAAUUAUGAAAUCAAGUGACUUAUGUCGUCGGUGUAAAACGCUAGGAACCAAACUGCUUGUGUUAGGAUUAGUGUUCAUAUCCAACUGAGAGGCCAGAAGCAGAUGUUGUGGGCCUUGAACUCGAGAUCUCAAGAGUAAAAUCUUGGUGAUUCAACUAAUAAGCAACCUAGUCGGUUUACCCUGCAAACUUGGAGGUCUAAAAUACCGCAGUGAGGUUUAUUUUUACAUACAUCAAUGUUUUCGGUUAUGAAGGUAAAAUAUUUUAGAAGAAAAACAAAAAGAUUUUCCAGUGGCGAGAUAAGUGGUGAUGCCUUUCUAUUGCGAAAACUCAAGUUAACUUCACGAAGUCCAACUUCAAUACAUACACCACAAAAAACCUUAAAAUUCGUAAUUCCACCACACACAGAGGAAAAAAACUCAUUAAAUCAUUCUACAUUGAACUGCCCUCAGCCAGCUAAAGAUUCUAUUACUUCUAAAGCAAAUACAGUUAACUUCACCUCCCAGCAAACACGAGAUAAUGGUGAUCAGUAUGGUCUUUUGGAAAAAGGGAAAGAUUGCGACGAAAAUCCAUCCAACCUAGUCAGUACAGAUGAUGAAGUCUCAAGUUUAAUUUUAGAUGUCAAUAACACAACGCUACACCCAACACCUUGUGAAUUAACUAAUUACGAUUCUUCUAGUUCACAGAGUAUGCAAGCUGAAGAUAUUUAUGGUUUCAUUUUUGCAGAAGAAAAAGAAACUAGUCAUAGAGAUAAGACGAUACCACAGCAACAGAUUACUUCUGCGGCAAAACAUACAAGAAGUAUUCUUAAAUCAAGACCACUCUCUCCGAAGACUUAUUUUGACGGUACAUAUGAAUCCUUUCAAGACAAAAUUUAUUAUACGUUACAUGGAGCACGUGACAGUGUUGACCUCACUACAGUUCGCUUUCAAAUCGGUUGUGUUUCACCCCAUUUUGGCGAUGAUAGUAGUUCAAAUGAUCAUGUCGUGAAUACAUGCUACGUAUCUCCUGAAAUUAGAAAUAUCGAAUCACCUCGCAUAGCGCGAAAAACCGUACGAUUCGCAGACGAAGAAAUUGAUUUUAUGCAAACCUACCCAACGUCUAUGAAUCCUCUAUUUUCAAAUGUUUUUCCUCUAAGAAAUGACCCGGAUGUCGAUGAGGUAGCGUCAAUUUUUGGAAGUGAUACACCAUCUUCUCUGGAAGAAAACUUUACAAAAAUGCCAGAAAUAAACAAGUUUUGUAAUCAUAGUCCAACAACUUCAGCCGGUUCAAACUUCAUAUCAAUUAGUAUCGGAAUGAUGCCUAAUCAACUGCCGAAACCGGUUGAUAACAAUUUAGCAAACAUAUAUGUCACAGAAAAGCCAAAUUGUGUAAAAAUUGAUGAAGCAACCAAUUGGAGAAUAAUGCCGAAAAAUGAAUAUACUUUGGAAAAUUCAAAUGAAAAAAUGGACGAUUAUUCAACUCUUGACUACGAUUUAUUAAAAUUAAAUAAUAAAAUGAACGUUAUCUCAAAUGAUAAAACACAUCCUACAACACGAAUAAAUUCCAGUAGAAUAAAUAAAGUACAAGGUUAUGCUGAUCUGUUAAUUGGUCGACCUAAACUGCACGAUGACUUUUUAAUCCCUCGACAACAGUUACUGACAAAUAACUUUUCGUUAAAUCGUUUAUUUACUCAUCCAUUUAAUGAAUGUCAACAUGCGAACUCAACCGCGUUAAGCCCUCAGAAUGCAUAUCGACUUAACUUACGAUCAAAUAACCAUAACGUGUUCCUGCCUAGUCCUCAGAAUCAUUCACCGUCUAAUAAAACUGACACAUUGGAAACUAACGAAACACAAUAUCUUAUCCGCAGUCUAUAUGGCACAAGUGCACCAAACAAUGAACAGACAUAUGAUUCAGUAAGGCAGUCAGGUUUAGAGAACAAAAAUAAUAUUUUAUUACCUGAGUACCCGACUAAUAGUAACAAUAUCAACAAAAGUUCUCGAAUUCAAUAUCAGACUACGUAUGCUUCGGAUUAUGAGGGGAUAGAUUUAUCUCUCAUGAGAAACGAAACACCAACAACUCCUUCAUCACCGUCACCAUCUUCAACAAUAACAACAGUUGUAGAAACCGGUUGUCAUCGCGAUUAUGUAUCAGACACUGAAAACUGUACUACACUUGUUUCACAAUCAACAACGCCGGGCAUCACGAAAGAUUCUCUACGGAAUAAAAAGGACAAUAAGCGAAAAACUGAAAGCUCCAAAUUAAUUAUCAGCAUCCAACAGAAACAGCCUUCACAAUCCUCUGCAUCACUAAGUACUACAUCUGCCCAACUUCUUCAACGUCCACCACGUGUUUGUGAACCUUCUGUAGUAAAUUUGAAUUCUUCCGAUCCAAGAAUGAUUACUUCUGCUUAUGAAUUUGAAUCUACGCAAUCUGAAGUAAAUAAACAGGAAGGUUUAAUGAAAUUUGAGAAAAAUUUAAUUACUUCUAAUCCUAACACAAAUCAAAAUGUUAACGACGAUCCGAAAGCCUGUUGGUUUCGUCUACAUUAUGGAUAUUCAGAAGAAAAUAAGUGUAAUACCAAUAAAAGACCCGUGCAAAAUCAGUUCAGCAUUAAUAUUAGAAAUCAACCAACUGUUUUCAAACAGCCAGAUAAAUUUGUAAAUGAUUCUGGCAAUUGCGAUUAUGAUAAUGUUGCAAAUUUAUUAUCAAAGUGUGUUACACCGUCUACAUUUAAACUAGGCACUACUCCAGUUGUUAAGAAAUUAUUUGGACCCAAAUUACAAUAUGCGACCUACACACAAAUACAGGAUGUCACACAAAGUCUAACUGAACUUCUUCAUUCUGAAGGCAUUUACCAACACCAACAACAAACGGAAUCACCGAUGCUACCACAGCAACUGUAUCACCAAGGAAACAAGCUCAACGUUUUAUCAGCUUUACAACCGAUUCCAAUUAAACCAGAAGUAUUUAAUCGGUCUUCUGCCAGUAUCAAAAGAAGACCUGAAAUACCGUCAGCGUUGUCAAUAGAAGAGGAGCGGUUAAUCAAAUCCCUUGAGCGUCUGAACAGGCGACUGAAUGAUAUAAUUAUUCGUCAGUAGUGAUAAAACAGUUCUGAGUCGAUCACAAUACGUACCCUUUACAACGAAGAACAAGUCAAAUACAUAUACAACUGUAUAAAAGUCCACGAGUGUCAUGCACGUUUUUCUCAUUAUAUAAAUAUAU